UCAAGCAUACUGAUUUCGAGGGAAGAAAAUCAACACCCCGAUAAUUCAGAAUUCAGAUCCUGAAAACACAAGAUCCUGUAUCUGUGGUGAUUCUCUGUGAAUCGUUUUUGCUCGAAAUAUGGCUACUGCAUCAGAAAUUGUAGCGAAAUUGGAUUUGAAGCCACAUCCGGAAGGCGGAUUUUACUCUGAAACUUUCAGGGACUCAUCCGUUCAUCUCUCCAAAACUCACCUCCCACCGCAAUACAAGGUCGGUCGAGAAGUCAGCACUUGUAUUUACUUUUUGGUGCCUUCUGGAUGCGUGUCAGCCCUUCAUCGGAUUCCAUGUGCAGAGACUUGGCAUUUUUACUUGGGAGAACCUCUUACGAUAUUGGAGUUGAAUGACACAGACGGUCGAGUCAAAUUGACUUGUCUUGGGCCGGAUCUCAUUGGAGAUAAUCAAUUACCUCAGUAUACAGUGCCUCCUAAUGUAUGGUUUGGUUCUUUUCCGACCAAGGACUUCACUAUUUCUGCGGAUGGAACUGUGACUAAAGCUGCUCCUAGGGACUCUCAGAAUCACUACUCACUAGUGGGCUGCACCUGUGCUCCUGCUUUCCAGUUUGAGGACUUUGAGUUGGCAAAACGUUCGGACCUUGUUUCACGUUUUCCCGAUAGUGAGGCUCUCGUCUCUUUGCUCACACCAGGUGCCUGAUUCAACUGAGGAGCGCAGGGCUUCCAAUGAUGAGGGGAUCGGCAUUGUAUGUUGUGAUUUAUGAUCUUUACUCAUUUUAGUUCCCCCCCCCAGUGUAGUUGCAGAUUUCAUUCAGUGUAUUGUAUUCUAGUGGAACCUUUUUUGGCUUGAUAAAGCUACUGAUAAUGAAAAAGGGCUCUUUUUCGAGCUCCACCCUUGAAUGUUGAAAUCCUUUUCGGGUUGAAUCUUGCAAACCCAA